UUUGACCAAAGGUGGGGACAAAAGCUAAAAGGGCACAAGAGGGCAUGGAAAUGGGCAGAAGAAUACGAAGGCCCAAACCAUUUGAUUCUGCCCUCUUCAUAGCUACCAUCCUUCUAAGGCAGCAGAGUGUUAGAAAGGAAGCAGGAAUUGUGAUAGUAAACCAGAGUUAAGAAGAUCAUUGUUGGUUAGGUAAAAUCCUAGCCCAACAGGACAUCUUGGAUACUACUUCGUUUUCCAGCAUUCCCAACGAUAACUCUGAAUAGGCACAGACAAUCCAAUGAGAAUACUACAUGGUUGGAAAGAAGAGCCAGACUGUGCCUGUGGUAGCCCAUGAACACAUCUGGGCAGUUAUGUAGAGAUCCAGAUGCUUUCUAGGUAUCCCAUCCUAAUACUGUACAUAGAUAUAGAUAUGGAGCAGAAGGCUACUUGCUCUUGGUAGCCAGAACCUCCAAGUGUUCUACAGAAUUGUCAUCUUUCGUUUCUCCAGUCCCACGGAGCAUCUGACAAGACAAGCCUAUUCUCCUGGGUGCAGAAGCUGCUUGCUCCAGAAGGGAGGAAAAUAAGAACAUUUGGCUAUGCAAUUCAUGAAAAAGGCGUAGAUGCCAAUAACUGUCCUUGACUUCUUUCUGUGCCAGUUCUUACUUCUCCCACAUAGGCAAACAUUUGGUCUAGGUGGAAAACACACCAGAGGAACAAGCAAAUGUUUCUUCUGUCUGAAAUACCUCAGUCACAGCAAAAGAAACGCUGUCAGAUCUGACAUUUCACAUUGACAGGUUUGACAAUCGGACGGAGCCACAAUGAAACAUUUCUUGGUGCUGUUUUUCCUCCAUGGUGUCCUUUGUAAUGGAAGUUCAUUGACCAUAAGCCUCGAAAGCUUGGUGACUUGGGAAGGGUCCUGUGUAUUGAUUCCUUGCCAAAUCAAUGAAACACUUCAUUUUGCUAAUCUCACGCUUGCUACAGUGGCUUGGUAUUUUCAGCCUUCUUCGACUCAUACAUGGCUUGACUAUAGUGGUCACCCAAUAUAUGAUAGCUCCAAAACUUUGGAGGACCAUGCAAACUUAACAAGUCCUCACUUUCAGGACCGGGUGCAGUUUGUAGGAGAUCUAUCCAUAGGAGACUGUAGUCUGAUGAUUACUCAACUCCGCAUGAAUGACAGUGGUACAUACAGUGCAAAAGUAGCCACUUUGGAUGAAAACCAGGAUGGGCAACAGAUGUUUCAGAGUACAAAAAUUCAUGUUAGAGAAAAACCUCCAGAACCCAAGAUGGAAGCCAUGCGUGUGGGAACCCAAGAAUGGUGGACGAUGAAAGUGAUCUGUUCAGCUUCUUAUCAUUGCCCUGAGGAGCCAAUGGUGCUGAUUCUUCGUGGCUUAGAAAAGCAUCUGCCAAAAAGGACCAUAGGAAAUAGGAUAAUCCAGACGACAGUGAGUUUUGAACCAACAUGGGAGGAAGAGAGGAAAAAAGUGACAUGCUUGCUGACUAGUAAGGAUGGGGCACAAAAAUCCAAGAGUACGCUGCAGCUGGAUGUGAAACAUGUUCCCCUUGGUGUCCAGCUUGUUCUUUUAAAUAAUCUGCCCAUAAAGGAAGGAGAUAAUGUCAGACUGAACUGCUCUGUUAGGAGAAGUUUGCCUGAUGACAACUGGUACAACUGGGCUAAGUCAGAUUCCCAUACCAUUGAACACAGGUACAGUGGUCCAAAACUACUGACUUUCCCUGCAAUACCUGGACCAGCAACUUCUUAUAGAUGUGAAGCAUGCAACUGGGUUGGAUGUACUUCAUCUCAAACAGUCACUGUGGAUGUCCACUUUGCCCCCAAGGAUGUAAGCAUUUGGAAAGGAGCACCCAAGUAUAUUGAUGAAGGCAGCAUUGUACAGCUGAGAUGUCAAGUGGGAAUGGCGAAUCCACGCAAUUUUAGCUAUGCAUGGUACCAUGACGGGCAAAAGCUGAAUGCUACCAAUGAAAUGCUCAUCUUCCCAGAAAUCGUUAUGGCACAGUCUGGCAACUACUGGUGUGAAGUCAGCAACAGUGUGGGCACUAACAUCUCACCCAGAAUCCUGCUUCAUGUCAUUUGUUACCAAUGCUACAGAACUCCAUUGAGCAUAACCCUGAGUCCCCUGGCUUCCUGGAAAGGAUCCUGCGUGUGGAUUCCAUGUUACAUCAAUGAAUCGCCUCAUACUGUCCUUUCCAUUUCUGUAUUGUGGUAUUUUGAUCCUGAUAUUUGGUAUGAUUAUAGUGAUCACCUGUUGUAUGACAGCUCCAAAACACCAAUGGACCAGGUGAACCUAACGUCUCCUGCCUUCCAGGGACGGGUAAGCUUUGUAGGGGAUCUUAGCAAAGCAGACUGUAGCUUGAUGAUCACCCAACUUCAGCCAAAGGACAGUGGCACAUACAGGACAAGAGUUCUUGCUUCAAUUACAGACUAUCCGUGGCCACUCAAGAGGUUUCUUAGUGCUACAGUAAAUGUUACAGAGGCACCUCCAGAACCCAAGAUGGAAACUGUCCCUGUGAGAAUUCGAGAAGGGAGGAUAACUAAAGUGAUCUGUUCGGCACCACACCAUUGUCCAGAAGAGAAUAUAACAUUGACUCUCAGUGGCUUAGAGAAGGAACAUUUGUCUUCACAAGACACAAUAACUGAAAAUGGAAUGGUCCGCACUACGCUGAAUUUUGAAACCAGUUUUGAGGACCAUGGGAAAGUGCUGACAUGCUUUCUAACGACCGAGGUUGGGUCACAAAGAUCCAAGAGUACAAUGAUGCUAAAUGUGUUAUUUGCCCCCAGAGAUGUAAGAGCUCUGGCUGAUACAGAAGAGGUGGUCAGGGUGGACCAUUCCCUUCGGCUGAGAUGUGAAGCGGGAAUGGCAAACCCCCAGGAACUCACUUACAAAUGGUAUAAAAAUGAGGAACAGUUGGAGCUGGUUUCGACAGAUGUCUUGCUGACCAUAAAACAAGUGAGACGGAAACAUAUUGGCAUUUACUAUUGUGAAGCACGAAACAGGGUUGGUGUGUCACGGUCUUUACCCAUUGAGUUGAAGCAUUUCUGCGGCCCAUCGCUGCCAGUAGACUGCUACAUCAAAGUCUGGAGCUAAGGGCAACUGAAG